CGGACAUCUCGCUAUGGUUACACCCCGUGCCCUUGACUUCCUACGAGAGGUGAUAGCAGUUGUAGUAGAAACAAGCAUCUGGGAGGUCAUUACAAUAAGCUGAAUUGAAGGGAUUUUUUCUCGCCAUGGGCUUCGUGUCAGACGAGGGAAAGUCUCUCCCUCCUCCGGGAAUCGUCAACAGGAACUCGGUGUGGCUGGGCUUCACAGGCUGGCUUUCCGCGAUGCUUCAGAAUGCUAUUAACCACAGGCCGCCGCUAAAAUCAGGUGUUCAUCGGCAGGUCCUGCUGACAACAAUUGGUUGGUUCAUCGGCUACCACGUCACUAAAUAUGAAAAUUACACUUACGCCAGACUUGACCGAGAAAUGAACGAGUAUAUCAAACUCCAUCCAGAGGAAUUUGCACCAAAGGAGAAGAAGACUUUUGCAGAGAUUGUCGAACCCUUCUACCCCGUGCGCUAAGUGUCAACGGCUGGUGCGAUGGAAGAGAGGGCGAAAGAAAACAUUUGCAGACUACCAUCUGUCCUCAGUGAUCUUUUUGUGAAAUCUUGUAUUGCAAGAGAUACCGCUAUGUAAAUAAAAAAAAAAAAUAUCCAAAUUCAA